AUGACAAUGGUUUCCACUAUUUCUUAUAGAUUUAACGUCAAUGGCCAUCUAACUGACGUCAUGGAAGCGAAACGGGGGCUUAGACAAGGCGAUCCGAUAUCACCUAUGCUGUUUGUCAUUGUAAUGGAAUGCUUGAACAUAUACUUAUACAAGAUGCAGGAAGAUUGUGAAUUCAAUUAUCACCCUAAAUGCGAUAAAUUGCAAAUCACAAACCUUUGCUUUGCGGACGACUUACUUAUGUUUUCCAGGGGAGAUAAGAUUUCGGUUGAAAUGAUGAUGAAGACUUAUGGGAAAUUUUCGAAGGCUAAAGGGCUUACAAUAAAUCCACAGAAGUGUCGAAUCUACUGUGCUGGCAUGGAUGAGAUGACAAAGCAGAAUCUUACUAAAGCCUCGGGGUUCCAAGAAGGGAGACUGCCUUUUAAGUAUCUAGGGGUUCCCGUAACAGGUAAAAAACUCUCUAUUCGCCAUUAUGCAUCGUUAAUAGAUAAGAUCGCAAGCAAGAUAAAACAUUGGACUGCUCGGUUACUGACCUACGCGGGGAGGCUUCAACUCAUUAAUUGUGUUAUAUUUGCGAUGACUAAUUACUGGCUCACUUGUUUCCCUUUCCCCAAAGCUGUGCUACAGAAAAUUGAAUCGAUUUGUCGCAUCUUCCUCUGGACAGGAGGUGUGGAGGGAAGCUGUAAAGCACCAGUAGCGUGGAAACAAAUUUGUAGUCCACGAAGUCAUGGCGGAUUAAAUGUCGUAGACAUUGAAGUUUGGAAUAAAACAACUCUUAUGAAGCUGCUUUGGAACUUAAGUGGAAAGGAAGAUUCGCUUUGGGUUAAAUGGGUACAAACGUAUCAUCUCAAAAACAACGAUAUGAUGGAGAUCCAGUGUAAACAGAAUGAUUCCUGGAUAAUGAAAAGUAUACUCAAUCUUAGGGAGGAAUUUAAUAACUUGCGCAAUCGGGAAGACCUCAAAAUAGGGGGAAAUCAGUAUGAGAAAACUGUAUGCGGAACUACAUGA